GAGUGGCAACCCAUUUUUGGUGCAGUGGAUGAGUGAGGUUGUGACAGUUGCGGAUAACCUCAAUUUAGUUGUUUUGGUUGGGGCACGGGUUUCGAUUUCUACCGGAAUGUCUGCCUUAAAGCGAGUUCAGCAAUGGGCGACGUUUGCUCGGACGUGGCACGUUUACGACUGUACCUGGCAGAAUCCAUUCCAAUCUGCACAGGUUAUCAAGAAACAUUUGAUGGGACUCCAUAAGCCGAUUUACCACCCAACAAAUGAUUGUGGCGAUCAUGUAGUUGUUAUAAAUACCAGCGAAAUUGCUCUUCCCGGGGACGAAUGGGUGAAACGUGUUUAUUUCCAUCACACAGGCUAUCCAGGUGGAGCAAGUUGGACUUUAGCAUGGCAACUCCACGAAAAGGACCCAACGAUGAUAAUGUGGAAGGCUGUCUACAAUGCCAUGCGUGGUAACCUACAAAGACGUUACACAAUGCAACGAUUACAUUUAUUCAAAGAUAAUAACGUUCCGCCAGAAAUUAUGGAAAACGUUACAAACCAGAUCCGCCAAAUUCGCGUAGUACCUACAAGAUUGGAUCAUAUUGAUAAAGAAACCUUAGAGAAUUUCCCAGCAGUUAUGGAUUAUCCAAAGGAUUAUGUAUUGCGAUAGUUAUUAGACAAAUUUAGCAAUUUUUAGUAGUUUGUUAACAUUUCGAGAGUAGUUCUACUCAAUAAAAUCAACUAAACCUA